AUAUUUAAAUCUAAUAUGGCUUCUUCUUUUUUACGCCGUAAUGUGAUAAUUCGACAUUUGAAAAAACCUUUCUAUCAAAAUAAACGCAAUUCUGGAUAUGUCGUCCUCAUUCCAGAGAUAGGUGAAGAUGGAGACAAAAGCACACUAUUAUCCGACAACGGCUUACCUGAAUUUAAUGAUAUUACAAUAGAAAAAUGUAUUGCCACCAUCAGUAAACAGAGCUUGGAAUAUGAAAAUGGCGUUCUACAAAUCGAACAGUCAAGUCCAAAUUGUAAAAAUGCUUUUGUAGAGAUUUUCCAGCCACUCGAAAAGCUAGAUAAUCAACUAGAACUGACAUGGGGCAUGGCCAAAACAUUAUAUUUGGGAAACAGUUCUUUAAUGCCAACAAAAUCAUACAUUCAAAUCCAUGAAAGAGCACACAAAGCCAGGUCAUCAAAAUUUAACAGUGUCCCUAUCUUUCAAGCUGCGGUAAAUGAGAAAAAUCGUCUAAAAAAACUUACUGACGAAGAAGAGAGGCUAUUAGACAAAUACAUCUUGGAAGGAAAAUUAAAUGGGCUCGAUGUUAAAGGUUUAAAACGAGAAAGGCUUAAUAAUGUCUUAAAUGAUAUUCAGAAACAAAGGAGUAUAAUAAGGGACAAAGUGAAUAUUGCAACAAAAAUUUUCAGCAGUAUAAUAAGCAACGAACAAGUGGCCAAAGAAUUCCCAGAAAGCUUAGCCAAAUCAAUGUCGGUUAAUAAUGAUGCUAACAAAGGUCCUUGGAAAAUAACUCUGCAGCCUCAUAUCUAUGAACCGUUUAUGCAAUACUGUCCAGAUAGAGAUUUGCGAUGGAAUACAUGGCAGGCUCAUGUUCAGCGUUGUUCAGGUUAUGGUAACAAAGACUUAGAAACUAGUACUAACAUAGAAAAAUUGCGCGGCUUAAGACUGGAACAAGCAACGAUACUUGGUUUUGAUACAUUUGUAGAUAUGAGUAUGGAAACUAAAAUGGCAGGUUCAUUGGAAAAUGUGGUAAAUGUACUCGAUAACCUGCUUGAAUCUGCACGACCUAUGCAAGAUGUAGAGCUGGACUCGUUGCAUAACUUCGCCCAGGAAAGAGGAUUUGACAAAAAUUUACAGCCCUGGGACAUUCCGUACUGGCAGAGAAAACAAAAGUGGUCACUUUACAAGUUUGACGAAAAUAAAAUAAGAGAAUACUUUCCGCUACCCAAAGUAGUUAACAGUCUUUUUAAUUUAUGCAGCACAUUAUUUAAAAUACAGAUUGUCGAAAGAUCUGAUACCUGCACUUGGCAUAAAGAUGUUAAGUUUUACGAUAUCUACGAUGAAACGAGCAACAGGCCGAUAGCUGGUUUCUAUUUAGAUCCAUAUGCUCGACAGGACGAAAAGAUUCGCGUUUACGACGAUGCAGGAUGGCACGUGUCGAUACGCAACAAGAGUUCCAUUACCUCGACACAACCCCUUUCAGCCCUUAUUUUUAAUUUUCAAGCGCCAGAUAGUGGUAACCAGUCACUGCUUUCUUUUAAAGAAGUUAAUGUUUUAUUUAAACGGUUUGGACACUCACUGCGACAUUUAUUAACUAAAGCAAACUAUUCCGAAGUAGCUGGAUUGUCGAAUGUCGAAUGGGAUGCAGCAGAAGUAUGCGGCCAAGUGAUGACACAUUGGCUCUAUGAUCCACAUACAAUUCAAGCAAUCAGCGGUCAUUACAGAACAGAAGAACCAUUACCCGAUGACAUCAUUAAAAAUAUACAAAACAUCCGAAGACAUAUGUCGGGCUACGAUUUAUGUAAAGAAUUAUAUUUCUCUCGUCUAGAUUUAGAAUUGCAUUCUAAAAAAACGUUCUGGCGUAACAUAGUGCAGGAAUUGUGGCCGAAGUACAACGCCCUGCCGUUCGAUAAAUACGAUUCUCACCCUUUAUCGUUCACAAAAAUAUUUUCUGAAGAAUGGGGUGCAGCGUAUUAUUGCCAUUUGUGGUCUAAAAUGAUCGCAGCAGACAUUUACAGUGCUUUCGACGAAGCUAGACAGGCGGAUCAAGAUAUCACUUCCAUCGGCAAAAGAUAUAAAGAUACGUUUCUCGCAACGGGUGGCAGCUGCCAUCCCAGUGAAGUGUUCAGAAGGUUCCGAGGCAGGGAUCCUUCGCCGCACGCUUUACUGAACAAUCUUGGUCUCACAAAAAAAAGCGUAGAAGAAUAGUGUCACUAUUGCAUACAUUGUUAGUGCUAUAGUUUUAUUUCUAAAAUUAUAAUCUUCGUGUGUGAA